GUUAGAUGAAACCUUUUCCCUACCCCACACCCCGCCCCCCAAGCCCCAGUCCCCACCCCUAGAGGACAGUGGAACUGAGACACGAAGGAAGAACCAACCGUGUGGACAGAAAAGUCAUGUCUGACUCCCUGGUGGUGUGCGAGGUGGACCCAGAGCUAAAGGAAAAGCUGAGGAAAUUCCGCUUCCGAAAAGAGACAGACAAUGCAGCCAUAAUCAUGAAGGUGGACAAAGACCGGCAGAUGGUGGUGCUGGAGGAAGAAUUUCAGAACAUUUCUCCAGAGGAACUAAAAACAGAGUUGCCAGAGAGACAGCCCAGGUUCGUGGUUUACAGCUACAAGUACGUGCAUGCAGACGGCCGGGUGUCCUAUCCCUUGUGUUUCAUCUUCUCCAGCCCUGUGGGCUGCAAACCCGAACAACAGAUGAUGUAUGCGGGGAGUAAGAACAGACUGGUGCAGACAGCAGAGCUCACGAAGGUGUUUGAAAUCCGCACCACUGAAGAUCUCACAGAGACCUGGCUCCAGGAGAAGCUGGCUUUCUUUCGUUGACCUAUGGAUUGGGGACCUGAAUUCCUGAUGUCUGGGUCCUCAGAAGAACUGGGGACUUGUAUCCCUAGGGCCUGAAUGUCUGAAACCCUAGAGGAAUUAAAUGCCAAAACUCAGA